UCUCUCUCUCUCUAUACCUACAGUAGCUGUUUCUGCUAUUGAGCUGUUAAGUUUUUGGCCUUUUCUUUAUAUAUAGAAAAAGAGAGCUUCAUUUUUCACUGUUUUACUUCACUUUUUUUUUUUCUUGUUCUUGAGAUCGAUCUGCCAGCUUUGACUUACUUUGCUUUACUGAAAAGGGUUUUUGUUUCCUCACGAGACCCAGUUUAGACCAUUUCAAGAAACUAGAGCGGUUUUCUAGUAAUUCAAGUUUGAAGAACGGAGAGGAGUUUGAAGAAUUGAACCUCUUUUUUUUUUUCAUUUAGGAUCCGUGAGAAGUAUCUGCUAGUGAAGGGUUGUGUUGAUUUUUCUUUUUUGGGUUACUUGAAGGACUUGGAUAGAUUUUUUAAGGUGUUGAGCUUUUGAAUGGUGGUGGCUAAGUAUCGAGGGAGCACUAGGGCUGGUUUCUAAAACUAUGGUCCCCUCCAUCAAGCAGUAUCCAAAUAAGUUUUAUAGUGUGGCCUUGUGAUAAGACGUUUUUUUAGGGUGAAAAAGCUAAAAAGUUAGCCUUUUAAUUGAUCCUUUAUCUUAUGGCAUCUGUUGGAUUUCAAUCGUCAGGAUCAGAGAAAAUGUUACCGAAAUCCCAGGUCUUGCCUUCUCUAGAGUCGAUCAAAUCUUUGCCGGUUGAUUUUAGGUUCAUGGGUUCGCCAACAUCUGAACGAUUGGAAAAAUCUGUGGAUGUGAAUUCAUUAAAUAGCAAUGAAGUCUGUUUGAGUUUUCCAGAAAAAAAUGAUAUAGGGAAUGGCCUUGUUGAGGGAGCGGAGGAUAGUGUUGGCACUGAUGUCAGUGAGGAUUCACCUUAUAGUCGGAUUGCCAUCUUGAUUGAACAAAGGCCUUCUGUGGGUGAUGAAGAUUUGGACACUGUGGUUAUGCCUUUGCCUUCGAUAUCAACAUCUCGCAGGGAACGCAGGUGGUCUGAUACCAGCUCCUAUGCUACAAACAAGAAACUUCAAUCUUGGUUUCAACUUCCUAAUGGGAAUUGGGAGCUGGGGAAGAUUUUAUCAACUUCAGGGACCGAGUCUACUAUUUCUCUCCCUGAUGGAAAAGUUUUAAAGGUGAAAACUGAAAGUCUUGUGCCAGCAAAUCCUGAUAUCCUUGAUGGUGUAGAUGAUCUCAUGCAACUUAGUUACCUAAAUGAGCCAUCAGUGUUGUACAAUCUUCAGUAUAGAUAUAAUCGUGAUAUGAUUUAUACAAAAGCAGGGCCAGUUCUGGUAGCCAUCAAUCCUUUUAAGGAAGUUCCUUUAUAUGGAAAUAAUUACAUUGAAGCAUAUAAGAAUAAAUCCAUGGAGAGCCCACAUGUGUAUGCCAUUACAGACACGGCCAUCCGGGAAAUGAUUCGAGAUGAAGUAAAUCAAUCUAUCAUUAUAAGUGGUGAAAGUGGAGCAGGAAAAACAGAGACAGCAAAGAUAGCAAUGCAAUAUUUGGCUGCUCUUGGUGGUGGCAGUGGGAUAGAAUAUGAAAUAUUGAAAACCAAUCCUAUUCUGGAAGCCUUUGGCAAUGCGAAGACAUUGAGGAAUGACAACUCAAGUCGCUUUGGAAAGCUGAUUGAAAUCCACUUUAGUGAAACAGGAAAAAUAUCAGGUGCCAAAAUUCAAACAUUUUUACUAGAAAAGUCCAGAGUUGUCCAAUGCAUGGAGGGUGAGAGGUCAUAUCAUAUAUUUUAUCAGCUUUGUGCUGGGGCUUCACCAAAACUAAGAGAGAAAAUAAACUUGAAGAUUGCUAGUGAAUAUAAAUAUUUAAGGCAGAGCAAUUGCUUCACAAUUACUGGGGUUGAUGAUGCUGAACACUUCCAUGCUGUUACGGAAGCUCUGGAUAUUGUUCAUGUCAGCAAGGAAAACCAAGAGAGUGUAUUUGCAAUGCUUGCUGCAGUGCUGUGGCUUGGAAAUGUCACAUUUUCCGUUGUUGAUAAUGAAAAUCAUGUUGAACCUAUGGAAGAUGAAGGUCUAACCACUGUUGCAAAAUUGAUUGGUUGUAAUGUUGGGGAGCUUAAGCUGGCUUUAUCUACUCGCAAGAUGAGGGUUGGAAAUGAUACAAUUGUCCAAAAGCUAACCUUAUCACAGGCAAUUGAUACAAGAGAUGCUCUGGCGAAGUCGAUAUAUUCUUGCUUGUUUGAUUGGCUUGUUGAACAAGUCAACAAAUCACUUGCAGUUGGUAAAAGGAGAACUGGCAGAUCCAUCAGCAUUCUUGACAUUUAUGGAUUUGAAUCGUUUGAAAGAAAUAGUUUUGAGCAAUUCUGCAUAAAUUAUGCGAAUGAGAGAUUACAGCAACACUUCAAUCGUCAUUUAUUCAAGUUGGAGCAGGAGGAAUACAUACAAGAUGGCAUUGACUGGGCUAAGGUUGAGUUUGAAGAUAACCAAGACUGUCUCAAUCUUUUUGAAAAGAAACCUUUGGGGUUACUAUCGUUACUGGAUGAGGAGUCCACCUUUCCAAAUGGCACAGAUUUGACAUUUGCCAACAAGCUUAAACAGCAUUUGAACUCUAAUUCUUGUUUCAGAGGAGAGCGAGGCAAGGCCUUCAGUGUUAGCCAUUAUGCUGGCGAGGUUACUUAUGAUACAACUGGAUUUCUGGAGAAGAAUAGAGACUUAUUACACAUGGACUCUAUCCAGCUUCUCUCUUCAUGUUCAUGCCAUCUCCCUCAGAUAUUUGCUUCCAAUAUGCUUAUACAAACUGAGAAACCUAUUGUUGGUCAUUUAUAUAAAGCAGGUGGAGCAGAUUCACAAAAGCUAAGUGUUGCAACAAAAUUUAAGGGCCAACUGUUCCAAUUGAUGCAACGUCUAGAGAACACAACACCACACUUCAUACGAUGUAUAAAGCCUAACAACACUCCUUCUCCUGGGUCAUAUGAGCAAGGACUUGUAUUGCAGCAACUGAGAUGUUGCGGAGUUCUAGAAGUAGUUCGUAUAUCAAGGUGUGGAUUUCCUACCAGAAUGUUACACCAGAAGUUUGCCAGAAGAUAUGGUUUUCUUCUGCUGGAAAAUGUUGCUUCUCAAGAUCCACUCAGCGUUUCAGUUGCAAUUCUUCAUCAGUUCAAUAUCAUGCCAGAGAUGUAUCAAGUUGGCUACACAAAAUUAUUUUUCCGUACAGGACAGAUUGGUGUGCUUGAGGAUACAAGAAACCGCACUCUACAUGGUAUUUUACGUGUUCAAAGCUGUUUCAGAGGGCACCAAGCUCGCAGUUACCUCAGGGAGCUCAGAAGAGGAGUUUGUGCUCUUCAGUCAUUUGUUCGUGGAGAGAAAUUCAGAAAGGAAUAUGCAGUCUUACAACAAAGACAUAGAGCUGCUGUUGUUAUACAAAGACACAUCAAAAGCACAAUCUGUAGGAAAAAAUACGAAAACAUGCAUCAAGCAUCAAUCUUGAUACAAUCAGUUAUUCGUGGAUGGUUGGUGAGAAGAUUUUCGGGUGAUGUAGGAUUAUUGAAAUCUGGGGCAUCUAAGUUGAGAUAUUUAACAAUAAGAAGUUCUCAACAGGGCAAUGAGUCAGAUGAGGUGCUCAUGAAGGCAUCUUAUCUUGCUGAAUUACAGCGACGAGUUCUCAAAGCUGAGGCUGCUCUUAGAGAGAAAGAGGAGGAGAAUGACAUCCUUCACCAACGGCUCCAACAAUAUGAGAGCCGCUGGUCUGAAUAUGAGUUAAAAAUGAAGUCCAUGGAAGAAGUGUGGCAGAAACAGAUGAGAUCCCUACAAUCCAGUCUCUCCAUUGCAAAGAAGAGCCUAUCUGUUGAUGAUUCUGGGAGAAAUUCUGAUGCAUCAGUCAACGCAAGUGACGAGAGAGACGUUAGCUGGGAUACCGGAAGUAACCAUAGGGGUCAAGAAAAUAAUGGUGUGAGACCAAUUAGUGCGGGCUUUAGUGUUAUAAGCCGGUUAGCUGAAGAAUUUGAGCAGAGGAGUCAAGUAUUUGGAGAUGAUGCCAAGUUCUUGGUAGAGGUAAAAUCUGGUCAGGUUGAUGCAAGUAUGAAUGCUGACCGAGAGCUCAGACGGUUAAAGCAGAUGUUUGAAGCUUGGAAGAAGGAUUAUGGAUCGAGACUACGGGAAACAAAGUUGAUUUUGAACAAGCUCGGAACUGAUGAAGGUGCCCUUGAUAGGGUGAAAAAGAAGUGGUGGGGCAGGAGGAACAGCACGAGGUAUAGUUAGAUUACUUUCUAUAGUGAUUUAUAGUUUUUGCUUUGUUUGGUGGUUAGCUCCAGGCUAUUUAACAUCCAAAAAUUCUAUAGCAGAGAAAUUGUGAUGAGUUUUGUUAUACGAGCGAUGUGGUGAUGGCAGAGCGUAGUAGUUUUCAUUGAAGCUUAAAUUAAAAUGUACAUCAUUCUUUUUCGAUUAUUACACAAGUUGAAGAAGUAGAUUUUCUUCCUUUGGCA